AUGACCACAAAUAAAUAUGCCGAGUUCAGUGUACAAAAUCAUGACAUUACUGUAAAUUGUCAUUUGUUCAAGCAUAAUAGCAGUCCCAAUGAUACGUCAUAUGUGUUAUUUGAAGCAAACAAUAUCAAGCAAAAGUUGAAUGCCAUGAGGCCGCUGCUUUAUAGAGCUAUAUAUAUGGGCUCGAUACAUUACUGGGUGUUGCUCAAGCGUAGAGAUAAUAUUCAAAAAUUAAUACUUAUGAAGACAGAUUGGAGCCUCAUGCAAAGAAUCGACGAACGUGACGUGAUUCUACAACAUGUCAAGUAUGGCCGUUACAUUACCAUAAUCUGUAAGAUAAUGCUACAGAGCGAUUGUGUAUUGUUCAUCUUCGUGCAAUCUAUAAGAACUGUAACCAUCACCAUCGGCAAUGAAACAACAUAUACAAUAUCGUACCCAAUUUACAACAAAAUCAUCGAUACGAGAUUUACUCCUAUGAAUGAAAUCGCGUUGGUCCUGCAAAACAUGACACUAAUACCAGUAAGUUUCUAUACUGUCGGUAGCUGCAGUUUGGCUGCUGUCUUCGCGAUACAUGCUUGUGGUCUGUUGAACGUGCUUACGUGUGGCUACAUGAACUAA